AUGCCAGAACGUUGUGCAGUUGGUUGGUACGUACUCCCAAUCCAGGCGCGCUCGAUCGAGAGGACAAUCCCGCCCAAAUCCACCGGCAAGGCGGUCCUAGACGCCACCACCAAGACUGCUGAGUUGUACUUCCAGGCUCUUCACCUCGCCGACAAACCUUCAGACAAGCAGAGGCUGGACGCCAGGUUCAACGAACUCCUAGCAGCCCAGAAUGAACAGCAAAGACCGGUCCCUACGGCAGCGUCAAAAGAGGUCCUCAAACCACCUAUCUCGAGCUCACCACGAGAGAAAAGAUCAUACUUCUGGAGGGCGGUAGAAUAG